AUACAGAUUAAAAAUACUUGUCAGAUUUUGACAGCACUGGCUGAAAGUGAUGGAAAGAAUAUAGCGGAAAAUUACAUCGAAAUGGAAAACUUACAGUAACAUGUUCAGGGCCACAUCCAAAUAAAAAAUAGUAAUAAUGUCUGAAGUGUACACACAACGGAUCCAGUGACCGUUUAGCAUACAAGAUAUCUACAAACAAAUACAAUGUCGGGCGGAAGGCGUUCAGUGUGUAUAUUACGUUCUCUGCGGCGAACAGCGCGACUGUCGGCAGUGGCGUUGCGCCGCGCUGUUCCGGGACACGAGGGUGGCUCGGAGGAGCGCGACACCGCUCGCCGAGUGCUUCUCGGCGUCGGCACACUUGGGGUGGCACUCAUCGCUGCUGAUCAUGUCUUUAACGAGAAACGUUUCUUCAAGGCUGCUCAAAUGGGAAACAUUCAAGAAAUAAGGAGACAAAUUGAUGCAGCCAAGGCCAAUCAAGACCGGCGUAAUAGGAAGGGCAGUGAUGAGGGUGUGGUGGACUACCGCCAUCCUUUGGGCUGGACGGCGCUGAUGGUGGCUGCUGCUAACGAUCAGCCUGAUGCCGUCGAGGAGCUGCUGCGGCUCGGCGCCAAGCCCGAUUUGCAGGAGAAGUACGCGGGCGCGACGGCAGCGGCGGGUCCGGCCGGCAUGCACCCCCUGGAAGCGCUGCAGCGGCGCGAGGAGGAGUUCUGCAGCAGCAUGAACGCGCGCGCGUCGUUCCUCGGCUGGACGGCUCUGCACUACGCCGCGCUGGCGGACUCAGCGGGCGCGGCGCGGGCGCUGUUGGAGGGCGGCGCCGACCCGACGGCGCGCGACCACGCCGGCCGCCGCGCGCUGCAGUACGCGCGCGACGCCUCGCCCACGCGCGACCUGCUCACGCAGCACGCGCGCCGCUGGGAGGAGGCCGCCGCCGCUGCCGCUGCCGAGGAACGUCGCCGCUUCCCGCUCGAGCAGCGCUUGCGGCGACACAUCGUGGGCCAGCGCGCCGCCAUCGAGACCGUCGCCGCCGCCGUGCGCCGCAAGGAGAACGGCUGGGCUGAUGACGACCACCCCCUAGUGUUCCUCUUCCUCGGCAGCUCUGGCAUCGGCAAAACGGAGCUCGCGAAGCAGCUCGCGCGAUACAUGCAUCGCGAUGACCCGGCCGCCUUCAUUCGUCUUGACAUGUCUGAGUAUCAGGAGAAACACGAGGUGGCGAAGCUGAUUGGCGCGCCGCCUGGGUACGUGGGCCACGAGGAAGGCGGGCAACUGACGCGUGCGCUGUCGCGUCGCGCCGACGCCGUGGUGCUGUUCGAUGAGGUGGACAAGGCACAUCCUGACGUGCUCACGGUACUUCUGCAGCUUUUCGAUGAGGGUAGACUGACGGACGGGAAGGGUAAGCUGAUAGAGUGCAAGAACGCGAUAUUCGUGAUGACGUCGAACCUGGCGGCAGACGAGAUCGCGCAGCACGGGCUCGGGCUCCGGCGCGAGGCCGACGCGCGCGCCGCCCGCCGCGCUCGCCCCGCGCUCGCGCCCGACGCGCCCGACACCGCCGCGCCGCCCGCGCCGUCCGCGCCACCCGCGCACCUCGCCGCGCCGCCCGCCGCGCCGCCCGCCACCGACGACGACGAGUUGGUCGAGAUAUCACGCCACUUCAAGGACAACGUGGUGCGCCCGAUCCUGAAGAGACAUUUCGGCCGUGACGAGUUCCUCGGACGGAUCAAUGAGAUCGUAUAUUUCUUGCCAUUCUCGCGCCAAGAACUGCUGACGCUAGUUAACAUGGAGCUGAGUCGUUGGGCCGAGAAGGCGAAAGCUAAGCACUCGGUCGACCUACAGUGGGAGGGGGGAGUACUGGGCGCGCUGGCUGACGGGUACGACGUGCACUACGGCGCGCGCUCCAUCAAGCACGAGGUGGAGCGGCGCGUGGUGAACCAGAUCGCGCUGGCGGCGGAGCGCGGCGCGCUGGGGCGCGGCUGCGGCGUGCUGCUCACGGCGCGCGCCGGCCGCCUCAGCCUCGCCGUGCGCCGCCCGCACGCCGCCGACUACACGCCGCUCGACCUCGCCGCGCUCUGAACGCCGCCUCACCUCGCCUCACCUCGCCUCCCUCACCCAACCCAACCUGACCUAGCAGUUUACAUCACUUACCACGUCCACCACCUUUCUGACAACUAAAUAAUUAUUAUUAUUCCUACGUAGAGGAAACAAUAGCUACUUACGCACCGUUUAAAUAUAAUCAAAUAUAAAAUAUAUAAUAUCAUCCUUAUUUAUUUGUCAGAAUGUGUAUUUUUUACGUUAAACUUUAUAGAACUGUGAUAAAAUAUGUUUCUUGUAAGAUUUAUGUAGAGAAAUCGAUUAAACGGGUAGUAAUAAAUAAUUAAACCUAAUA